AAUUAAUUUAGGAAUGAUUAAUGUGUGUGGCUUGUACCGCACUUUUGAACGAUGAAAGAAACAAGAUUUCUUCAUCAGUGAAUGGCCAAGUACGCUGAUGAGCAUCAAACAAAGUGAUUUUACAAAUAAUGGCGAAUCAUAUCGGAAACGGUAUAAAAAGAAAGUGGAAGGUUCGAAUGAACAUAUUGUAUCUUCAGACUCUUUACAAUUCAGUCGCUUUAUUCAGUCAAACUUAUUUAGUACUAUUUCAAAAUGCAUUUUGUUAUGCCUAAAAUAUUAGUUUUGCUGGCCGUUGUUGCCUUGCAGUCGUCUGUGUGCUCAGCGCAAGCAUUCAGUAUCUUCGGCCCUCUCUUUUCCGGUGUUACUUCUUUCACUUUGGCAACAUCAACGAUGACUUUGACCAAGCCCACGCCCUGUUUCAUCACUGCCGGUAAAAAUGUUACCCAAUGUCGGCGAAAACGUGGAGUAGAAGAGAAACAGCAAAUUAUUCAAUUUAAUGAGGAGGAAUUUGCACCAUCAGUAGUUAUGGGGAUUGAGCCUACCAUAGCUCCUUUGACUUUGAGAUCGUUUCUCGACUCGAAUGCGAUUCUCAGUUCGUUUGAAGACGACUCGUAUCGCACCUCCGUCAACAUUUUCCGCCAAUUGGCUGUUAAAGGCAGGAAUAAUCAAAUUCCUGUUGGUGAUUGUGGCAACUCUACCGUCAACUUGAGUCAACUCCUUUUCUGUUUGGGCCUAACUGUGCAGGAAACAACGACGCUAACUGCCACUUUCACGCUAACCAAGACUUUAUCAUCUGGUUUUACCACUUUGACUGUAGCAGGUUGUACACCAGCAGGAUUUCCUAUUCUUGCCUGUCCUAAACCGUCCAUCCCAGUGACUGUCAAAGCCACCACUAUGGCUAUUAAGUUGUUUAAACCUAACUUAAAUGUUUGAUUAUCUUAUUCCAAUAAUUCCUCUGAACAUCGCAGCCAACAAUAUUCCACUUGAAUCGCUGUAUGGUUAUGAGU